CCGCCAUAAUUCUAAUCAUAGUCGCUCUUAGAACGCUUCAGGUCUACGACUUUUCAAUAACUGACCAUGAAUCAACAUACAGACGUUGCAGCGCCCUCGAAUUCGAGCUCGGUUACUACUCAAUCCAAAUCAACGACUUUCAAGGAAAAUGAUCUUCUCACAUCAGUAAGCUACAAGAUCAUCCGCUACCACGGAGACCUACUUUCCAUCAAGGAAGACAUUGCGAAGAAUGACGCGGAAUUGGCCAAGUGCACCGACCUUGCGGAUCCGAACUCGAGUUCCCGCCCUGCGAACGCUGGUUCUGAUACGAUGAGGGAAGCGCUUGAGAAUAAGUCAGUCGCUUUACGACGCCAGCUCAGACAAGUGGAGCGUCAAAUCGCAACCAUCCAACCGAUUAUGCGAUAUCUGCAGAUCGAGGCAACCCAUCCAACUUCCUCCUUCAAUGUCUACCUUACACGAGAGGAGGUCCGUGUUAGGAAGGAAGUGUAUCGUCUAGUCAAGCACCUAAAACCUAAUGCUGCCUCGGCGGUGCUCUUCGGCGUUUCCAAACAGCUUUACGAAGAUUCGACCGAAAACGUCGCUAAACCACAUGCAACUUCCACAACUGUCCCUGCGCCUACUCUUACCUCAAGCGCCAUAGAGCUUCUCGAUGAAGACAUUUACGACUGA